AUGCUUCUGCUCCUCGCAGCGGCUUUGUCGCCAGCCGUCAAUCUUGCAGUCGCUCAAACCGUUACCGUCGGGCCAAACGGUUCGGUGAACGGUAACGGUUAUUCAACCGACGCGGAGGAUGGCAGCGUGACGGUAAACGGCACGACCUUCUUUCCGAAUGGCACAAUUCUAAACGGUGACGGUCAGACGAUCACCCCGACAACGAAUGCGGACGGAUCUGUAUCUGCCGGCGGUUUCACCGUCUAUCCGAACGGGACCGUCACUUCUGACGGGACAACCGUCAAUCCUGGCGGCGGGAUUACGCUACCCGGCGGGCUCAACAUCAGUACCGGCGGCGCCGGCGGGAUUCAGACGCCGGGAUUUUCGGUGAAUCCUGACGGAACAGUGACCGUUAAACAAGCCGCGCCGCCCGCACCCAAGACUGCUGGAUCGCUCGCAUGUCCUGCGAGCAUAUCGAUUAGCCUCUUUACCACCCUGCUGGCCACUCUCCUCUUCUGCGCAUAA